AUGACGAUUCCACCCAUCCUCGACCAAUCUCGCACCAUAUCCGACCUCACCAUUGCAUCGCAUUCUCUCGACUUUCCACCGCAACAAUCGCCCUCGACUCUCACAACCCACCCACACCGCCACCUCUACAUUGCAUCGCAUCGACUUCUACCGACCAACAGGGCCAAGUCAAAGAACUCGUCCCAGCACAACCAGGUGCGCAAGGCUCACCGCAACGGUAUCAAGAAGCCCAAGACCAACAAGUACCCCUCGCUGCGCGGUGUUGACCCCAAGUUCGUCCGCAACCAGCGCUACGCCAAGCACGGUACCGAGAAGGCCCUCAAGGCUGCUCGUGCCGAGGCAUAA